AUGAGGAAGAAAGUAAGGAUGGAGAAGAUAUUAAGGAAGGAGAAUAAAUUAAGAAAGGAGAAGAACUUAGGGAAAGAGAAGAAGUUUGGGAUGGAGAAGAAGUUUGGGAUGGAGGAGAAGUUUGGAAUGGAGGAGAAGAAUCAAAGUAUGGAGAAGAAAUUAAGGAAGAAGAAGUUUAGGAAGGAGAAGAAGUUAAGGAAGAAGAAGUUUUGGAUGGAAAAGAAGUUAAGGAUAAAGAAGAAAAUAUGGAUGGGGAAGAAGUUUGGGAUGGAGAAGAAGUUUGGAAUGGAGAAGAAUCUACUAAUUAAGGACGCAGAAGAAGUUAGGGAAGGAGAAAAAGUUAAGAAUGAAGAACAAGUUAGGGAAGGGGAAGAAGUUAAGGAUGAAGAAGAAGUUAAGGAUGAAGAAAUAGUUUGGGAUGGGGAAGAAGUGAAGGAAGGAGAAGAAGUUAAGGAAGAAGAAGAAGUUUUGGAUGGAGAAGAAGUUAAGGAUAAAGAAGAAAGUAUGGAUGAGGAAGAAGUUUGGGAUGGAGAAGAGGUUAAAGAGGGAAAAAUAAUUAUGGAUGGAGAAUAA